UAGCCUUCAUGGUUUUCCUGAAAUAUCCCCUAACAUUUGGGACCAAGGAAUAACAAGAGGCUAUGAUUUUGGUCAUGAUGCUUCCCAGUAUCUCACCAGCUCAGCCGGCGACGAGGGAAUGUUAUUCAAUGGUGGCACCAGCCCUUAUACUUAUGGUUCCUACUUAACGCCCUCGAAUUCGCUCUCGCCCGUAUCUCCCAGCAUUCCUCUUCUCACUCCAGAGGAUACGCUAUAUCCUUUGCCGAACUAUUCGCCGGUCCAGUUCCAAGAAAGUACUUUGCUUGGAAAUUCUUUCCAGUUUCUUCGUAUCUCGGACCAUCCACGGUCCUCAUCUUCGACCUCUUCCAUUAUCCCACCUCAUAGCUAUUCUCUACCGACUGCCAGCAACUUUCAGAACUCCCUUUCAGCGGAUUACGAUCAUCUUUGCCUGUUGUCGCCUGCCGCCGCAACCGAAACUGUGGCACUCAGUCCCAGCCCUACCACUAGCGUAUCCAGUCUUCCCGACGAGGAACAAGACAUCGGCGGAAGGUUGGAUUCUCUAGCUGGGAAACAUUGUGCCCUUCCUGCGAACGCCAAACGCAAUCUUCGAAAUCUCCCCGAGCGCUCCGUUGUUGCUCAACAUCAAAAGAAGAUCGAUACAGCAAAGAGGCAACACGCGACCAACGGCAGUGAGGCUAAACGUAUACGCGAACGAAAGUACAAGUGCCAGGUUGACGGAUGCACGAAGACUUACACAGCUUCCCACAAUUUCAAGGAUCAUUUGAUGGGUCACCGAGGGAUGAGACUAUUGUGCCCUCACAGAGACUCGGGCUGCCGUGAGGAUUAUGCACAGGAAGUGUCUCUCUGCCGCCAUCACAGAAACUCACACAAGGACUGCACCCGGCGCCACCAUCGCGCUGAUUACGUAUGGUCAAGCAAGGAAGAAUCCCUGUGACUUGCGAUUUUUCUAUAUUUUUGCGCCCAUCUAUCUACCUUAAAUCAUAUAUACGAUAGUAGUACACAUCUUUUCAGUACAAAUUAUACCAUCAAAUUUGGUUUCUUCUUACUCACGCAAUACAGUGUUUUGUGAAUCGAUAGGAUCAAAUGGCUACAUCUUCGAGAGUAUACCUUGAGAAAAACGUAACACCCCAGCACCCAACUCGCGU